CCAAAUUUUACUGGAUUUUCGAACGUUAUUCGUUUCGUACUUUCGUUAUUUGCAACUGGAGCUCGUCUCCGAAUCUUCCGUUUCACGUCUUUUCUAAGCAACUCCAUUGAAUUGAAGGUUAGGGUUAAAUAUGGACGGAGAGGAGUUGACGGAGCAGGAGACUGCUUUGUACGAUCGCCAAAUUAGGGUUUGGGGAGCUGAUGCUCAACGAAGACUGAGCAAAUCUCAUAUACUAGUCUGUGGAAUGAAAGGGACUGUUGCCGAGUUCUGCAAGAACAUUGUACUAGCUGGGGUGGGGAGUGUAACAUUGGUGGAUGAUCGGGUAGUGACUGAAGAAGCAUUGUCUGCAAAUUUCUUGAUUCCUCCAGAUGAGAGUGUGUAUGGUGGUAGAACUGUAGCUGAAAUUUGUGGUGAUUCCUUGAGAGAGUUCAAUCCAAUGGUCUCCGUUUCAGUACAGAAAGGUGACAUUUCAAGCUUUGGUGGAGAUUUCUUUGACAAGUUCAAUGUUGUAGUAAUCAGUUGCUGCUCUGCUGGGACAAAAAAAUUGAUCAAUGAUAAAUGCCGGAAGUUGUCGAAGCGUGUGGCUUUCUAUACAGUUGACUGCAGGGAUUCUUGCGGUGAAAUAUUUGUUGAUCUGCAGAGUUAUAAAUAUUCAAAGAAAAAGCUUGGUGAAACUGUUGAAUGCGAAAUACAAUAUCCACGUUUAGAGGAUGCAAUUUCAGUACCUUGGAAGGUGCUUCCCAAGAAAGUGUCUAAGCUUUACUUUGCUAUGAGAGUGAUAGAAAGUUUUGAAGAAGCAGAAGGGAGAAAAGCAGGAGAGAUUACAAUUGGAGAUCUCCCGGCUCUUUUGAAGCUGAGAAAGGAAAUCUGUGAGACACAGUCGCUCAACGAAUCUCAUGUUCCUAGUAUUCUACUUGAACGACUAGUUAUGGGUGCAAGAGAAUUUCCUCCAGCUUGUGCCGUCAUCGGGGGAAUCCUUGGACAGGAGGUUAUAAAAGCAAUAUCAGGCAAAGGUGAUCCCCUGAAGAAUUUCUUUUUCUUCGAUGCUAUGGAUGGGAAAGGCAUAAUAGAGGACAUAUCGAACGAACCCCCGAACAAGUAGCUCUGAUGGGUUGAUUUAAUGAGGUAUUUGUAGUAUUCAUUGUUCUAUGUCCUCGCAUGAAACAAUCAUCUUGAUGGAAUUGUGGGGAAAUUAAAUCCAUAGCCCAUGAAAAUUAAUGCCAAUCAUGGACCCUUAAAAAGUAUUUGCUUUGUUAGAUUUAAUUUCCACUGUCCUGAGAACAAUUCUUGGCCAUGAAUAUGCACAAUCGCGUUGCGCUC